GCGCCCGGGAUCAGCUGGGUGGCACAGCUGCUGCGGCUGUGUUGGGGCCCUGGGUGAAGCGCCCGGAGACGCUCUCCACAGCCGACCUAACCAACGCCCUUGCCGCUGUUCAGCAGUCGAGCGAUCCGAACAAGAUUCUCUCAUCGCUCAACGCUGUUACAGAGAUGUCAGGAGCCGCCACCGAUUCAGAUGCGGAGUCACAGAAGCAGGUCACUGACCUGGCCCUGACUGCGCUCGAAAGCGUGACUUCCAUCGUCGAGGCGACUGAGGAGAGCUUCCAACAGCUGGGAGAAAGUGUCAACAAG